AUGGACAUCUUGAAGACGCGUAAAAUGAGAGAAAUGGCAAAUAUGAAUCCCUCGCGAAUUCUUGGAGAUUGGGCUGGAAAGACGCGUUUGCCAGAACUCGGCAUGUUUGGUGUGUCCCCGUUCACAUCUCCCGCGCGUGGCCCAAGCUAUCCCCUUCCUCCAUACUUGCACAUGGACGAGUCGCCGUGCAUAUGGAUUAAAGAGAAGGUCAUACAAGAAGUGAUACGCCGACAGAAGAAUUUGGAGUGUGCAGGCAUAUUGAUGAAGACAAAGUGGAACGCGGCUUGGGUUUUGACAGGGCAAGCGACGUUACCGCGGCGAAGUCGUAGUGGUAGGCUUCGUUGUGAGCCCAGCCUAGCGGUAAUGAGCAGAUGCAAUGGUGGCAGUUACAGCAGUAUUCUGGCAGGAGUACUUUUCAAGUCUGCGAGCACAAUCACGCGAGGCGCUAUCCUCGCCCUUCCCGAUGGCGCCGAACGUUACGAUUGUGAAGUCCCCGGUCUACUCGGGGAAUAUACUGCCGUGAAUGCUCACAGUCGGUACCAAUAUUACAAUGAAAAGACCAAGGCACGGUGAUCCACAACGGUACGCUUAUCUCGUCGCUGGAUGCAACAAGGCUCGCUCUUGGAAUGCCACUUACCGGAUUUCAGAUUCGGACAGUCAGAUGUAUGUCCUUGGAGAAGGAUGCAUCAGCAUUGAGUACAACAGUCUCAACGGUUGACUCGGAUCGGGUCUAAUUUUGGCAUGCACACAGUCCGUGUGUUUAUCACGAUUAUCAUGCGUUUUAAUCUGUCGCCCCUUGGAGAACCUAAGAUAAUGGUGUGCCUGGUCCAGAAACAGAUCUAAGAAGAUUUAUCUCGUUUUCUGAGGUUUCUUUUCUGUUCAGCAGCUGUAAAUCGGCGAAUAAUCCUUUAAAUCGUGCCCUUCAGAUUCUUUUUGAUUUUCUGAUACAUUUCUCAGAUUUAUAACGCUGCAAUU